GAUCUGAUGAAACUCGUGCCACUGGCUUCCGGUAGUGUGACGCGGUAUCCGUUGAUCUUUAAUGCUUGUAAAUAUUAUAUUUAUCUAAUAAUGUUAAUGUUCAUAAUCAAAAGAAGUGCGGACUUUGUUGUUGUUGUUGUGAUUACACGAAGGAUUAGACAAUAAACUACUAUACAAGGGUCAUUCUGAAGUUACUCUGUGUUUAACUCAACGCUAUAUUACUUUUUCUAUGUUAAAAUCUCUCUAAGUAUUGUGUUACAAUAUCCCUUUGAUCACACACGUGUUCCCUUCCUUUGACGGACACUGUUGAAAGUUUGCAUUGGUGUAUAUAAUGUCCAGUCUCGCUACACCAGUCACCACUCCGGCCAAGAUCGAGUUGUCCAGUCUUCACCAACUAUCUCUCAGACGUCAAGAUGAAUGCCUUGUGUACUUGUAUUGCCACGAUCCUACUGGCUGUCCUCGUUAACGCAGGUGGGAUGGGAGGUGGCCACGGAGGGGGCCACGGAGGGGGCCAUGGUGAUGGAGGCUGGGGUUAUCCCAGUAUAAUGAACGGUUACUCCGGUAGAUGGGGUGAUUACGGUAGGAGAGGCUACCAAGGAAACAUGGGAGACUAUUACUAUCGUGGUGGUAUGGGGGGACAUGGCGGUUCGGGUGGCAAUUAUCCUAUGUACGGUGGAAUGGGUGGGAUUGGAGGUGGAUACGGUAGUAAUUAUCCUAUAUACGGUGGAAUGGGUAGUGGAUACGGUGGAAUUGGAGGUGGAUACGGUAGCAAUUAUCCUAUGGGUGGUGGAUACGGUGGGAUGGGAGGUGGAUACGGUAGUAAUUAUCCUAUGUACGGUGGAAUGGGUGGUGGAUACGGUGGGAUGGGAGGUGGAUACGGUAGUAAUUAUCCUAUGUACGGUGGAAUUGGUGGUGGAUACGGUGGGAUGGGAGGUGGAUACGGUUGGAUGAAUGGAGGAUAUGGUGGAAUGGGUAUUGGACAGAGUGGAAUUAGCGGCGGAAAUGGUGGAAUUGGUGGCUGGCGCGGUGGAAUUGGUGGCGGGCACGGUGGAAUUGGCGGUUGGCGCAGUGGAAUUGGCGGCGGCCACGGUGGAAUUGGCGGUAUCAGUGGAAUCCGAAGUAUAGGGGGAAUACGACGCCACUCUGGAAUGGGAGGACGUAAGGGCGGACGUACUUAUUAACCUGGAGAUGAAAUGGCAUAUGUACAACCGACCUUAACCCUCCAUUUACACAGCUGUACAACCGACCUUUAACCUCUACAUUGUACACAGCUGUAAAGUGACCUUUACCCUCUACAGUGUAUACAGCUGUAAAGUGACCUUUAACCUCUACAGUGUACACAGCUGUAAAGUGACCUUUAACCUCUACAUUGUACACAGCUGUAAAGUGACCUUUAACCUCUACAGUGUACACAGCUGUAAAGUGACCUUUACCCUCUACAUUGUACACAGCUGUAAAGUGACCUUUACCCUCUACAUUGUACACAGCUGUAAAGUGACCUUUAACCUCUACAUUGUACACAGCUGUACAACCGACCUUUAACCUCUACAGUGUACACAGCUGUACAGUGACCUUUACCCUCUACAGUGUACACAGCUGUAAAGUGACCUUUAACCUCUGCCUACAGCAGCCGUAGAUUUCAUUGUAUCUUUUCAUACAAAUAAAUUUUUGAUUCUU